AAUAAUCAACCGUCCAAUCAUCCUCGGCGGCACGUUUUUGUGGAUUAAGCUACGGGUUCAUGAUUCGUUGCCACAGCACAAAACGGCCACACUCGAUCCCAGCUUUCGUCCCCCCUAAAACCAUUGACUCGUCAGUCUCCACGACUUCGGAACGGCAGCAUUAUUGACCUUCUACCAAACUUCAUUGAAAAACACACAAACCAACCCCCCCUUUCAUGGCGGCUCUCAUCGUCUUUCUCUUUCUCUCUCUUUGCCCAUAAUCUUUCUCCUCUUCAUCACCCUCUUACCGCCUUGCCUUGCCUUGCCUUGCCACUGUUUUCCCUAUGGACAAAGUUUUGGAGCUGGACUCGGCCCUGGCAAAAGUCUUCGCCUCAGUUCUAGGCUUCUUCGUGGUGACUUUUCUCUUUGCUGUUGUUUUUCUCCUCUGCAAAUCCAGAAAACCACCCAACAACUGCCACCAGAACGGUUCGAUCGUCCCUGCCCGCUCAGCCAUGAACCCUCCCGAUCUCACCUCCGUCUCGGUCCACGACGUCUCCAGCUUCGACUCGUCUCUCCACCAGAUCUCCAUGCCCGAGUUGGCCGCGGCUACCAAGAACUUCUCGGCGGAUCUCGUAAUUGGUGAUGGCAGCUUCGGACUCGUCUACAAGGCCACUCUCUCCAACGGCGUCACCGUUGCCAUCAAGAAACUCGAUCGAGAUGCCUUCCAGGGCCUCCGUGAAUUCCGGGCCGAAAUGGAAACGCUCGGGAAGCUCAGCCACCAGAACUUAGUGAGGAUUCUCGGUUACUGUUCGACGGGUCUUGAUCGGAUUCUUAUCUACGAGUUUCUCGAAAAAGGAAGUGUGGACCAAUGGCUGCACGACACGUCAUCACGGGAGGAGUGCGGACUGGCGGAUUGGCGAUCGCCGUUAUCCUGGAAGACGAAGAUUAAGGUCGUAAGAGGAAUAGCUAAUGGGCUGGCUUAUUUACAUGGGCUGGACACACCCAUUAUCCACAGAGAUAUCAAGGCCAGCAAUGUUUUACUGGACUCAGACUUUGAGGCCCACAUUUCUGACUUUGGGCUCGCAAGGCAGGUCAAGGAGGCCCAUUCCCACGUCUCAACUCAGGUGGCCGGGACAAUGGGUUACAUGCCACCGGAGUACCGGGAAGGGAACACGGCAGCCACGGUGAUGGCGGAUGUGUACAGUUUCGGGAUUUUGAUGAUCGAAAUUGCCACGGAAAGGCGGCCCAACUGGCCCGUGACAUUCGACGGGGUGCAGGUAGGGUUGGUUGAGUGGGCUAGAAAGAUGGCGGAGCAAAAUCGGGAAAUGGAAAUGUUGGGAGAAAAUGUUUCCAAUGAAGGAUUGAUGUUAGAUAAUGUGAAGGAGUAUUUCAGAAUUGCUCGUCUGUGUACCAGUGAGGUCACAAGAGGAAGGCCUGCAAUGAGUCAGGUUGUUGAAAUGUUGGAUGGUAUUUCUACGUGAGUAUGAAGAUUCUACAUCUUUAAUCAUCUUCUAAAACUCAUAUUGUACUAACCAUUACUAAGGCUGUAGAGAUUUUUAGCUAAUGAGAAUUUCGACUAGGUGUUUCAGUGUCAUUUAUGUAAACAUUAUUAAUUUAUUAAUUAUAUUUGCAUAAUUAUAUAGACUAGUCUUCCAAUUCCGAAAAAAGGGAUGUACAUGUG